AUGAAUUUAUAUGAUGAACAAUAUAAUGUUUAUUUGAUUGAUCUUUCAAAAAGCCUAUUAGAUAAAGACCUUGAUUAUAACACUAGAACUGGUGUUGAGGAACUUUUAUAUGACACAUUUUCAUCAAAAGAUGAAUAUGUUUUAAAGUUAUUCAAUAGUAUAAUUGAAUGGUAUAAAUUAUCAGAAACAAGUUUAUAUGACAAUACCGAGUAUCUUCAUAUAAACAUUCAAAUUGCAAAAAUCUUUUACUUGCUGGUGCCAUCUUUUAUUAAACUUGAAAAAAACCAUUUGGAAAUUACAUUCGAUUUAUUAAAGCAUUGGUUUGAGCCAAGCAAUAAUUUUUUAUUAUUAUAUGAAGCACUUCGAUUAUACAACAGAUUGAAAAAUUUUGUGGAACACGAAAAUCCUGAUCAAGAGAAUAUUUUAUAUGAAAUUUAUAGUUCAGUUGGUAAACCACUAUUGGAUAAUUUAAUGAUUAUAUACAUUAAUGAAAAAGAUUUUGAAGAGUUAUUAUCUGAUGAAUAUGAAGCUUAUUUAAAUAUUCUGUCGGAAUUAUUUCAAGAAUCAGAAGAAUUUCAAAAAUGUACUUAUAAAAUAUUACAUCGAUAUAUUUCUAGAAGAGUUAAAAGAAUAAGCAAUGAGUUUGAGAUCGUGGGCACUGAAAUUAAAUUAGAAUUUGAUGAAGGGAUAGUUUUCUUGAUUCAAAAGGCAAAUCAUAGCAAUUAUCUUGAUAAUAUUAAUUCAACUGAUAUUAAUAUAUUG